ACCGGGCAAUGUGCGCACUGACCUUUUCUGUGUCUCUUAUUCUUGCUUUCUCUGUUCAUUGUGAAACUCUAAAUUAGUAAGCAUUGCUUUCUCUAGCCAUCGCAGACCAUCCUCACUCGGGAUCUCACAGGCGAGCUCGUUCUUGUUGACACCAACGCUGACAAGCUCCACGGCGAGAUUCUCGACCUCUAGCAUGCCUUUUUGUUUUGGAAUUCUUUUUUGGUGAGCGUUCUGAAUGGGGUUCCCAUGGUGGCGUGGCCUUUUUACACAAAGCAGAAAAUGAAUGCGUUUAUGCUGUCAGAAGAGCUUGGGGUGGUAGUGCGCGUGGUGGAGAAGGAAGGAGGAGUUGUGCGAAGAGAAUAGGGAUGAGUGUUUUGAUAUUUGAAGCCUCAACUAGUGGCUAUCUAAAGACAGAGCCUCUCCACAAGCAUUUUGCAGAGCAAGGAACUGAUAAAGAUUCUUGGUUCAGUCGCCUUAUUUUAUAUCCCAAUUUUCCAGAACAAUUUCCAUUUAUUUAUAAAUUGAAUGAACAAAAUUGUUAUUUUGUUAAUUUUCCCUUGUGGAGGUCAUGAUAUUAUUUUUCUUCAUAGUUUUAUUUUCUCACUAAUGUAUCUUGUCAAUCAUGAAAAAUGUAUAUGCAAGAACAAUUCUUCAAGGACCAGAUCAAAAUCAUUCAUGAUUCAAGGGAUGCAAAGGACGAAGAUUUCAAGAGGAUGCAACAGGAGGAACAUGAGAAGGUAAAGCAGUCAAGUACUACUGGUCAAGUGAAUGCCGAGGAAUAUAGACUUAAGGUGGAAGAGUAUAUGAAAUUUGUUGAGGUCCAAGAUAAAGAAAUGGAGAACUUUGUUGCUGAAAAGGAGAAGUUGUUACAUGCUCAUGGCACGGGUUAUGCUGCAAUGAAGCGGAUGCAUUAGGAGGAAGAAGUUCGGUAUGAGCCGAAGUUUGAUGAGGAACUGGCCAACCUCAUGGAAAAGUACACCCUUUAUAUAAUUCUUUAUAAUAACUUUACCUUUUGUCCUGGGGAAAUUUACACUCUUGAUUUAUGUAGUUCCUCUUUGUUGUAUGUGCUUAAGAUAGCCUUAAUUGAUAUUGACAGGUUUGAAUAACCUUGGUUUUUUGGGUAUUUUUUUAAAUGGUUGGUGAACAUAGUGUAAGAUUGAGGCUUUUGGUGAACAAAUUUUCCAGAGUAAAUUUGCAAAAAUUGGAAUUGGUAACAACUUAUAAUUACUAUAACUUCAUU